AAACUGUAGUUUACCAAAUUCCAAUAUACAAUUUUGGUAAUUAGGAAUACAAAGUAUUAUAUACAGGUUUACUGACCAAAAUGGUCAGGUUAACCAAAAAAGCUAGAAGGUUGUCCAACCAUCAUUGACCGGUACGAGAAAGGAUUAGAUCGGAAAGUGUAUCUUCUCCUCUCAAUGUUUCUUGGUGAAGAUGAACUCUUUUCUUUCUCUCCGACAUCAAAACCAUGUUGUAAUAAGAACCAUAAUGAUCUAUUGACCUUGCUUCUAUAUAUGCUGCUACAAACUCCAUGUUGGCACUCCAGCACUGGCAAUUUGGUAAAUUCACAGUAUUUACCAAAAUUAUAUUUCAUUGUCUUCACUCUUCCACCUUGUGUUUUUUUGUUUCCACAUUCAACAAUAGUUGUUAAGAUUAUAUACACACUGACACAAGCGCACACACAAACUCACAGAGAUAUAUAUAUUGUGUGUAUGCAUGUCUUUGCACGUAAAAGUGAUUAGACACGCAGUUUACAGCUAUAAAAGCAUUUUCGACGUCAAAGACACAUGGCGUCGAUAGUGAUGUUCCUUAGAGCACUGAUGAGUUGCCGUCUUACGCCCAACGAGGAGCCGACCGCGGCGGCUUCUUUGUCAGCGGUGAAACUUUACAGAAGUGUUGCCGGCGAUCAUCACGAGUUUAUUAUCGAAACUACGUGGGGGGUGAACGAUAUGGAUGAAGGGUUUCACUGGAACAUCGUCAAGAACCACUUGUUGAUGUAAGUUUGUGAAGCGUAUUAUAUAAAUAAAUCCAGUUCUUGCAUAAUAUUAAGUUUUCUUAUAACGUUACUUAUCGUUGAAUCGACCAUGCUUAUAUCACAUGAUGUACACGAGCGUUUUGGACUACCAAGUUGUAGAUGUGCUUAAAUAUGUUGAGUAUUUUUUAUAUCGAAAUAAAUCAUGUGUUGUGAUAAUUUAAAACCAAGUUGGGCUAUGACAAGCUCAAUUUUGUGAAAA